CGCCAAACCUGUGUCGUCGGCAAAACACCCUCUUCGUACAACACUCUCGGCCUCGCUUCUUCACAUAGAUGUCGAUCUCUUUUUCCUCCAACUCGUCCAUGGAGACGCCGAAAAGGCUCCAUGCGGCGCUCCUCUCGAGCCUCGGCAUGGGCCACCUCGUCCCCAUCAUUGAGCUUGGCAAGCGCCUUGUCGCCGACCACGGCUUUGAGGUGACCGUCUUUGUCCUCCGCUCGCAGACCUCCCGCGCUGAGGCCGAGAUCAUUGAGUCCGCCAUGACCCCCAAGCUUCUCGACAUUGUGGAGCUCCCGCCCCCUGACCUCGCGGCCACGGGCCUCAGCCCCGACGAAUCCGUGUUUGCGCGGCUCGCGGCCAUGAUGCGCGAGGCGCGGCACGUGUUCAGGUCUGCACUCCUGGCAAUGGAGGCGCGGCCUGAUGUCCUUAUUGUGGACUUGUUCGGGACGGAGCAUCUGUGCAUUGGCGACGAGCUGGGAAUCCCCAAGUACGUCUACGUCGCUACCAGUGCAUGGUUUCUUGCGUUGCUCCUACACUCGCCAACGCUGGACAAGGAAGUCAAGGGAGAGUACGCGGACCGGACCGAACCGCUCGAGAUCCCGGGUUGCAAGCCGGUCCGACCAGAGGACGUGUCGGACCCGAUGCUGGACCGGUCCCAACUGCAGUACCGCGACUUCGUGCGGAUUGCUGAAGAGAUCCCGAUGGGAGAUGGAAUCCUGUUGAAUGUGUGGGAGGAUUUGCAGGCCGGGACGCUCGCCGCACUGAGGAAUGAGGAGUUCUUGGGCCGGGUCGUGAACAGUCCGGUCUAUACCGUUGGGCCGCUCAUUAGACCGGUCAGAACGGCCGGUUUGGAGAAGGAGCUGCAGGAAUGGCUGGAUAAGCAGCCGCGCGAGUCGGUGUUGUUCGUCUCGUUUGGGAGUGGAGGAACUUUGUCGGCUGAGCAGCUGGUCGAGCUGGCUUGGGGAUUAGAGCUGAGCCGACAAAGAUUUAUAUGGAUACUCCGGAAACCAAUAGCCAAAUCUCUUGAUGGAUCGUUCUUUGAUGUGGGAAAGGGAGGUAGUGAUGAUGAGCUUUUGAGCUUUCUGCCGGAUGGAUUCGUGGCACGUACUCGGGAAGUGGGAUUAAUACUCCCAUUGUGGGGCCCACAAGUGGACAUCCUGAGCCAUCCAUCUGUAGGCGGGUUCCUGUCUCAUUGCGGAUGGAACUCGACCCUAGAGAGCAUACUAAAUGGAGUGCCCAUGAUUGCCUGGCCAUUGUAUGCUGAGCAAAGACAAAAUGCAACACUCCUCGCGGAGGAGAUUGGGGUGGCGAUCAGGCCAAAGGAGCUGCCCUCGAAGAAGAUUGUGGGGAGGGAGGAGAUAGAGAAGUUGGUGAGGAUGAUAUUGGUAGAGAAAGAAGGGUACAAGAUGAGAGCUAGAGUCAAAGAGCUCAAGAGCACGGCCGAAAAGGCUGUGACCAAAGGAGGUACUUCCUAUGAGUCCCUACGUAGAAUGAAGGAAGAUUGCAAAAUAAGGAUUCAUCAGAUUAAUAAAGCUCAUUAAGUCAUUGCACAUGUGUGUAACAUCGGAUGUAAUAAUAAUGUAGAUUGACAGGAGUCAGGACAAUACUUGAACUAGCAACGAUUUGCUUGAAGUGUAUUGAUGAUGCAGAACUCCUAUGUGUUCAUGUAUUCAAUAUUGAGGAGAAAUUACAUUCAUUACUCUCCAAAAAUAGUUG